CCGUGGGCCCGCCCGGGCCGCUCGCUGCCCGCGCCGCGCUGCCGGAGCCGCGGCGCCCGCUGCCGACAUGGCCCUUUUCAGAGCCUCAGACAGGCUUCCAGGGGCAUCUUCUUUAGAGAGUCCAUACAGAAUAUAAUGUUUCCAACAGGCUCUUGCCUUGGCAACAACUGCAGCCGUAAAGCGAGUUUAAUCCUCUGAGAGGAAGACUGGUGACAGCUGUCGCUUCACUGUGUGCUGUAAUAUAUGAGAUUCUGUCCUGAAAACCUGGAGGUGGCAUUUGUCUGGUCUGGUUGUAAAUAAUGAGAUAGAUCACAAUGGAUUUCAGUUCCUCAUCUGUGUUUGACCAGCACAAAGCUGAUGCAGCAGAAGAAAUAGACUUGGCUGUGGUUUACCAAGCAGCAGCUAAUGGCGAUGUGAACACCCUGACUGCAGUGAUCCGAGAGGAUCCUUCCAUCCUGGAGUCUUGUGACAGAGAGGGUUGCACACCUUUGAUGCAUGCUGUGUCAGGACGCCAGGUUGACACAGUGAAGCUUCUGUUGAAGAUGGGAGCUAAUAUUAAUACUCAAGAUGCUUGUGGACGUACCAGUUUAUCUCUGGCAACUUACUUGGGCUGGCUGGAAGGCUGUGUCAGCUUGCUCAGGAAUGGUGCUAAGCAGAACAUACCUGACAAGAACGGGAGGUUGCCACUGCACGCUGCCACUGCAGAGCCUGACGUGAGGCUUCUGAGCUUGCUUCUGCAGCAGUCAAAUCUUAGUGAAAUUAAUCAUCAGGACAAUGAGGGAAUGACUUCACUCCACUGGGCUGCAUUUCACAACAGACCCCAGCACACCCAGACUCUGCUGCACAAGGGAGCAGACCUGACUCUGGUGGACAAGGACUUCAAAACAGCUCUGCACUGGGCAGUACAGAGUGGCAACAGGAUUCUGUGUUCCAUAAUUCUGGACCACUGGCAGGGACCAUCAAUAAUAAAUUAUGAUGAUGAGAAUGGCAAAACAUGCAUGCAUAUUGCUGCUGCUGCAGGCUACAGUGAUAUCAUCAGUGAGCUGGCUAAAGUCCCAAAGUGCAACCUGCAGGCUCUUGAUGUGGAUGACAGGACUCCACUGCACUGGGCUGCAGCAGCAGGGCAAGCUGACUGUGUGCAGACACUGCUAGAACUGGGGAUAGACAGCAGCCCUCGAGACAUCAAUGAAAACACUCCUCUGGCAUACGCAAUUUACUGUGGGCACACGGCAUGCAUCAAGCUGCUGACUCAGGAGAGCAGUAGAUCUGAGUCAGUUCAGCAGUUUCACUUCCAGAACAACAGACUUACAAAGAAAGAAGGACGAUUCAGUAUGCUGAACCAGAUCUUCUCUUGCAAAAAGAAGAAAGAUGACCAGAAAACCAAUCAGAAGGAGAGAAGCAGAGAUCAAGAUCCUGGAGAAGAGACCUCAGAAGUAGAUGAUAUUGUCACCCGUUUUGAUUGCAUUAUGAAUAAAAAUUGUAAAGACAUUCCAGAUGAGUGUAAGACCACACCUGACUUUAAAAGAAAGAGCACAGACUCUAAGUACCUCAUAGCAGAAAAGAAGCAAUCAGUAUGUCAGGGACUCCCACCCAUCACCAACCAGAGCUUCCCCCCAGUCACUGCAGGCAAUUCCUUCCUAACUACUUCCCAGAGCAAAAUGUCAUGCUUCUACUCCAGCUCCAGUACCCACCAUGUGCCACCCAAAUCUCGAAAGAGCAGGAGUGAGCACAACUUGCUGGACAGCACAGACAGCUGCCAGGCUUUGCUGGAGGAUCCCUGGAACACAGACUCUAACCAAAGGCUCUCUUACAAAAUCUGUACUAGGACUUCUUCAGACAAAUUGAUGAAUGGCUUAAGCUCUGAUAGAUCUCACCAUGUGCUUUUGUGCCCUCCCUGCCUUCCCUCACUUCCCAGUUCUCCAUCAGGUAGAAGUUUUCGACAAAUGUCCAUAGACCAACACAAAAUGAAAAAUGUUAUUCCUGUACAGAAAAACCUAGCUCCAAUACCCAACCACAGUGCUCACAAAAUUCAGCUACCAUCUCAGGAUACUAAGAAGUUUAAGUCCCUACAGACUGAUGCAGUUAUUCUCCCACCAGCUCCAAUAUCCAAAUCUCUAAAAACAGGACAUUCUCAGAGUCAGAUCCUCUAUUCUCUCUUGCCUGGUCUGUCAGGACAGCAUCUAAAACCAAGCUGUGUCCUACCUGCUAUCCCAAACCAGAAGAAAUCUAAUGCUGAAGAGGAGCUUGAGAAAUCAUUCACCAAACCAGAUGCUGAAAAUUAAUUAAUUACAGUGGCCUAAAUUAGUUGAAAUUUGUCUAAGUGGUUGUUAAAAGAAAAGUUUACAGUUAAAUCUCAUUAAUUUGCACUAACAGUACUGUUGUGAUCUGGAGCAUAACAAAAAUCAAGAUAAGAUGGCACAGAACAAAAGCUGCACUGUGUAUGUAUAUAUGCAUUUGCAUUGUAGUUUUCAUUUAUGAUGAAAUUACUAAAUUAGCAUGUAAUGUGCAGUACAUUUAUUCUGUGAAUGGAACCCUCAUAACGUGAUUUUGUUGCAGCAAUGUGGUGUUAAGCCUUUCAUAGAACAAAAGAACAAAGAGGGAGGUUUUCUGCAUGAUAUAAAGUUGGAACUAGGGCAACAAAUUGACAGGGCUUCUCUGUAGUUUGUUAAUGCAAAGGUGCUGAUUCUGAUGCUUUGUGCCAUAAAAAAAUCUUUUUAAGAUUGAGAAAAUAAACUCAAAAUGCAGCUUUAGCA